AAGCGGCGACAAAACUUUAUUGACAAAAACAAACACGCCUCCCAGCGCUGUCACCCAAGCUGCCGUGUAGUUACGUGUGUUCACUUCACAAUUUCAUUUCAACACAAAACUUGUUGAAACUUCUUUUAUUUUUUCCUGUCGCGCCGAAGAAGAUUUAAAAUAGACUCGUUUUGAAUGACUUCUCUUUCAUUUACUGCUCACCUGUGCAGCUGUCCAAGGAAAGAUGCUUCUCCGGACCUUGUGGUCCAGAUUGGGCGCUCAGCGGCCUGUGGAGAGGACACCAGUCUUCAUGUGCGCCUCAGCCAGUUUCUCCCCAUCUGUCCAACCACACAAGUAUGAAUCCAAACCCAGGACUCACUCAGGCUGCUCUGGCUCAGGGAUCUUCUCAAGGACCUGUUAUUUAAACACUUUCCACCAACAGCAGAAGCAUGUGAGACAUGUUCUUCCUGCUUUAGGUCUCAGCAGCAGUUUGUUAACUGACCCUGGGAUGUUGUCCAAAUGUAGAAGCGAACAGAAGCGUCUUUAUUCGCCCGACAUUGUGAAGUCGAUCUUAAAGCCAAGUGUAAAACCUGCAGCACUGCCUGGAAAAAGGGUUCCCAAAGGGCCGAGAACAAAACAGCCUUCGAGAUCCAAUCAGCCUUCCCUUAAUGAAGACAAGGAUAUGAUGCAGUGUAUUGCCUUUGCAACAGCAGAUCAGUAUCAUUUACCGACACUUUGCCACGACUUGAUUCACCACGGAUUCCAAGAGAUGGAUUUACCAAGAGAUGCAUCAAAUGUGCUGGUGAUAAGCACAGACAAGACUGCGAAACCAGAUGAUGAUGCUCUUAUGUUCUUCUUCAGGGAAGGCUCAGUAGUUUUCUGGAAUGUUGAGGAGAAAACGUUGAAAAGAGUGAUGAGAAUACUGGAGCACCAUGAGAUCCAGCCCUAUGAAGUCGCUUUAGUCCACUGGGAAAAUGAAGAGAUUAACUACACCGUUGAGGAGGGAAAUACAAAGCUCGAGCGUGGCAACUUCAUUCUUAAUGAUCAGAUGAAUCAAGAUGAAGCUCUUCUGGAGAAAUUUGCAUUUUCAAACGCACUGUGUUUGUCAGUGAAGCUGGCGAUAUGGGAGGUGUCGUUAGAUAACUUUGUAGAGUCAAUUCAAUCAAUUCCAGAGACGCUGAAGUCUGGUAAAAGAGUUAAGUUGUCCUCUGCAGAGGUUAUGCAGAAGAUAGGCGAGCUUUUCACUUUGAGACACUGUAUAAACCUGAGGUCUGACCUGCUCAUCACACCAGAUUUCUACUGGGACCGAGAAAACCUGGAAAAGCUCUAUGAAAAGACCUGCCAGUUCCUCAGCAUCAACCGCAGAGUCAAUGUUGUGAACGAGAAGCUGGAACAUUGCACACAGUUAACAGAUCUGAUGAGAAGCCACCUGAGUGAGAAGCACAGCUUGAGGUUGGAGUGGAUGAUAGUCAUCCUCAUUACUAUUGAGGUUUUGUUUGAACUUUCAAAAAUGAUCUUCUAACCUGCUGCUCCAACGAUGCACAAUUCAAAAAAGGGUGCUGGAAGCUCCAAAGGAAGAAUGCUGCUCUACACAAAGGUACUUCACAUGUGAAGACGUUUUCUGGAAGCGACUAAAAUCAUAAAGUGGACCUAAAUAUAUUUGAAUGUCUUACUGUUCGUCUCGUACAGUAUCUACAUUUCAACAACACACAAUCAAUCCGUCUCUUUUUUUAUUACCUUUUAUUUACUGUUUUGCUGAUUAUCCUGACUCGAGGGUGGUGGAGGUCUUUAUAUACAUUUGAGUUUUGUUUUCUGAAUUUAUGCUUUACAGUGUCAUACAAUUGUACAUUUCUUUCAUUUUUACAUUAUGUGCAAAAGUCUGAAUCCUUUUCAGUGUGAAGAAUGCAGGUUUUAAACCUCGUGUCACCUCGACAUGUGACACUAUUCUUGUGACUGAAACACCAGCAGUAAACAAGAUGGGAAAAAUAUAAAUAAUGGUAUUUAAUUAACUCCAGCUGUGAGUGCUAAGUUAUUGAAGAUGCAAUAAAAUAUUUGUUUUAAA